AUGGCCGACAAAUGCAUUUCUUGCAAUCAAACCGUAACAACAAGACAACAAGCGAUACAGUGCGAUGGCUGUUUGAAGUGGAAUCACCGUACUUGCAACACUGGUAAGUUGAAUUUUUUUUUUCAUUCAAUAAGUUCUUCAAGAUCAUUCUCUUCUCCUUGCUCUUUUAUGAAAUACCCGUUGUGUUUCCAGUUUUGACAAUUCUUUCGUCAAUUUUUUUAUAGGCAUUACUCAACAAGCUUACCGUGAAGCCGUACGGGUAGGUGCCGACAUCAGCUGGUUCUGCUUGCCAUGCCAACCUGGUUCACCAGUAGCCGAAAGUUCCAGGAUUUCGGAACAGUCGACGGACAUACUAGAGUCAUCCGAU